CGCCGUUCUCUGCAUCCGUCGCUCACGUGCCGCGGUUGAAAGAGAAGUUGGAACCUCGCCGCGCGCUGCUCCACGACUGCUGCUGUAGGUUCUGCAUGGUCUCAGAGAGUUCCUCACAACUGCAGCUAAGGUCGAGACGGCCUCCGAGAACAGAGUGGGAGAGAAGAAAGACGGACGAAAGGCCAUAAGCGCUAAUUACUCCAAUUGGAGCGCAGUGUCGAUGAACUUUGCACCAAGAUCGUUGGAAAUGACUUUAUGGACUUGGGUGAUUGGUCUGGGGACAGGGACUGUGUUUGGGGUCUACAUAGCUCAGAACUACCAGGUCCCAAAUGUGAUGGAGCUGGUGAGCAAGGCCUCAGAUCUGGCAGCCUCCUACCAGAAGAGACCUCCUCCAACCAGCGGUAGCUCACCACCCGACCAGCAGUCUCCACUGAACGACAGCAGCACCAGUAGCCCCAGAGACAAGUAGACAUUAAAACACGACUACCCACAAUAGAUUUUCAACCCCCAUCACAAAAUCGUUGCUUGCCUGAUGAAUGUCAGCAAUAGCCAACUAACAACUGUUGUAAUAAGCAAGUCGUUUUUCGUUGACAUAUGUUUUUGUGAUAAAAGUUGGUUUAC